AUGAUGCAUGUGACAUGGCUGCCUUGGUCAGGCCAGCUUGCGUCGCUCCCCCACGCCGCGCCGGAGAGCCUCGCCGUCGCCGCGGCGGAGAGCCUCGCCGUCGCCACGGAGGUCCUCGGUCCUCGAGCCAGCCUGAACCUCGGGUCGACUCGAGAUGACGCCGGGAGAUCUGCAGUGAACCAGCGGGAGAAAGACGCGAAAGAAGCUGCGGCGCGGCCCACGUUCGACGAUGGUUCUGCAGCGCCAUGUCCUGAGAGUGCUCAGCACGAGCGGCCGGUGAAGCAGCAUGGUGCUCGCUACGCAUCGCGGAGCUGGUUGGUUCAGUCGCGAAGCUCCGCCAGCUCCGUGAGACUGUUUGGAGAUGUGAACUGGCUGCUGAGGCGUCACAUCCUUCGUGCUGAUGAGCAUCUCCUGCUUCAACAAAUGGCACCAAGCCUCUUGGUGACGUUCAAAACCUUCGGCGGCUGGAAGACGGCCUUUCGCCUGGAGACGUCCUUGACCAAGAGCGUCAUGCCCAAGGAUUCCAGAUUGUUCUGCGGCCUUUUCACCAAAUGGCAGCCCAAGCGGUGUUUGGGCCUGGCGGAUGGCUGGCCCUUACAGGAGGCAGCUGCCGAUUGGUGUGCGCCCGCCAUCACUGCCUUCUACCAGCAUCCCUGCAUUGCCUUCAACAGAGCCUAUAUCAUGGGCAUGGUGGUGCUCAUCGUGUAUGCAAUCAACGUGAUCCUGCUUUCCACUUGCGCCUACCUCCUCUACUACUACUUGGACAGCAAGAGUCAUAAGCCCAUCUAUCGCACUUGGGCGGUGAUCUUGCAUGGGCUCGGGACCUUUCUGAUGCUAUGCGCCGUGGCCGGCUACACGGCGUUCGCCAUGACUUCUCUGGAUCACAUCGGUCCUUUCAGUCCUGGACUGUGA